AUGGUCCGUCUGAAUUCUGGGUACUUGUUUCUGAGGUACCUGAUGAUACUCCUCAGUUGCGUAAUACUGAUCAGCGGAUUAGUCCUGUUCUGCCUGGGGAUCUGGAUCAAAUAUGGUGCUGCAUCCUUCAUCGAGGUGAUGGGCUCGUUUACCAGUCAGCUGCUGACCAGCAGCUACAUCUGCAUGGGAGUAGGUGGAGCUCUAUGUCUGCUCGGCAUGAUAGGCUGUAGCGGAGCCUGGACCCAAAACCGCUGGCUCAUCUUACUGUACUUCUUCAUUGUGUCUAUGAUGUUCAUCGGGCAGAUUGUGGGCACCAUUGUGGUCAUACUUUACAAAGAUGUGGUGACCUCUAUGAUUCGAGAGGCCAGUAAGGAGUCGCUGAUGACUGCGUAUAUGGGGCCUGCAGCCACUGACCCCAUCUCUAGAGCCUGGAACAGCAUCAUGAUCGAAUAUAAAUGCUGUGGGUUUGAGAAUUCCACCGACGACUUCAAGAGCUCCAUAUUCGGCAUCAACACUGGCCUUCUGUACCCAAAGACCUGCUGCGUGGAUAUGAAUUCACCAGAAUGCAAUGGACUGGACACUACACCUAGCCUGAUCCAUCAGCAGAGCUGCAUGGAGAAGCUGAUUGAGACGAUUAUGGAUAAGAGUGUGAUCAUCAGUGCCAUUGCAGCCACUGUGUGUAUCAUGCAGUUGGCCUCCAUGAUCGUUUCCGUGGUGCUGUUUGUGAGACUCGGAGCUGUUCUUUGCUGAAGCAGAAACCCUUCACACACCAUUCACAACCUUACAACAACAAAUAAAACACUUCACAUAGAAAAACUUGGUAAUUUUUUUUUAUUAAAAGUGAGUUAUGGACACUCUUUCAUGAGAUGUCAGUUCAGUUACUCCUUCUCCCUUUAUGACGUACAUUUAUAAAACUGUGAGUGUCUGUGAAAUCAAUGUCUCAUCACUGAAAAUACUGUAAA